CCCAGUCAUAUGGUCUAAUCACAUGACUUCAACAAAACAUUGAAAAUGGCGACCUACAUGUUUCGUCCAACUUUCACUUUCGUCUUUUUAUUUAUCAUCAUACAUGCACUAAAGGCAAACAGAACGUUUACAAUUGAUUAUGAUAAUGACAUGUUCCGUAUGGAUGGCAAACCUUUCCGUUAUAUCUCUGGCAGUAUACAUUAUAGCAGGAUACCUUCAUAUUACUGGAAAGACAGAUUACAGAAAAUGAAAGCUGCUGGCUUGAAUGCUGUUCAAGUAUAUGUACCUUGGAAUUUCCAUGAGAUGGAGGAGAAUGAAUUAAAUUUUGAAGGAGACAAAGAUUUAGUUGGAUUCAUUAAGCAGGCACAGGAAGUAGACUUGUUUGUUGUACUUAGAGCAGGGCCUUAUAUCUGUGGAGAGUGGGAUUUUGGUGGAUUCCCUCCAUACAUAUUAGCCAAGAAUCCCAAUACAAUAUUCCGCACUAUGGAUUCAACGUACAUAAAGUAUGUAGAUAAGUGGUUAGAUGUGCUGUAUCCAAUGUUAAAACCUUUGCUGUACAUAAAUGGUGGGCCAGUGUUAAUGGUUCAGAUAGAGAAUGAAUAUGGAAGUUACAAGGUAACCGGGGGAUACUGUGAUCAUGAUUAUAUGAGACAUCUGAGGAACAAAGCAUUUUCACUUUUAGGCAAAGAAGCUGUUAUAUUUACCACAGACGGUGACCGUGACAGCCCUGAGUUGAGGUGUGGCACUAUUGAAGGAGUAUAUGCCACAAUUGAUUUUCAUCCUACCCUGGAUCCUAAGAAAGCAUUUCAACCACAAAGAGACUGGGAACCUAAAGGGCCUUUGGUAAACUCUGAGUUUUAUACUGGUUGGUUAGAUCACUGGGGAUUCAAACAUUCCACGACAGGUUUAGAUAUUGUUGCCAAGAGUUUAGAUGUGUUACUUGCCUAUGGUGCUAAUAUCAACAUGUAUAUGUUUGAAGGUGGCACCAACUUUGGCUACUGGAAUGGAGCAAAUUAUCCAGCAUUCUUGCCAGUGCCUACAAGUUAUGACUAUGAUGGUCCACUAACAGAAGCUGGGGAUGUAACUGAUAAAUAUUUGGCACUCAGACAAGUCAUUUCAAAGUAUGUUAAGACACCACCCAUGCCUAUUCCAGCUAAUACCCCAAAGAUGGCCUAUGGAAAAAUAGAAAUGAAAUUUGCAGGAACAGUUCAGGAUUUACUUGAUAAAUUGAGAAAACCAAACCAGAAACCAGUUACUGCAACUUAUCCUGUUUAUAUGCAAGCAUUUGGACAGUAUCAAGGUUAUGCCUUGUACAGACACAUAUUCAAACAAGAUUACCCCACAGCUCAGAAUCUGUCAGUGGUUGGGAUCAGAGACAGGGGAUAUAUUAUGAUAGACCAGGUUCCUGUUGGUCUGGUGAUCAGGGAAAGAAUACAUAAUUUAUCUUUAAGUAUCACAGCAAAGAAAGGUCAAACAUUAGAUAUACUUGUGGAGAACCAGGGACAUAUAAACUUUGGAUCUGGUAUUAAUAACAAUACUAAGGGUAUCAUACACAAUGUUACAAUAGGAACCACAAUAUUAACAGACUGGGAAAUGUUUCCUGUAUCUCCUGAAUUAUAUGUACCAAGUACAGAUACAUUUAAAAGUACUGGAACACCUUAUUACAGUAAGGAUGGGAGAUUUAUGUCGCCCUCUAUUUAUGUAGGACAGAUGCCAACCCUUACAGACCCUCAAGAUACCUAUCUAGAUCCAACUACCUGGUCAAAGGGUCAGACAAUCAUAAGGAGUAACACAGCCUAUAACAUCGGACGAUAUUGGCCCAUUGCUGGACCACAAAUAAGACUGUUUGUACCAAAGCCUUACCUGGCUCCAAACACUGUUAAUAAUGUGAUAAUGUUCGAACUUGAAAUGGCACCAUGUAAAACCCAGGCUGGAUGUACUGUUGAGUUUAAAGAUAAACCUUUAAUCAAUGCUACUGCACAUGGACCUUAUCAUAAAUAUAUGUCUCAAGAAAUAGGUUAUAAAUAUAACUGGCAUUCAUUUCAUUAAAUCGUUAUUAGUUAUAUUAUAUAAAUUUUGUUUAAAAUUAUGAUGUAAUAGUGACCAAUAGUAUUAGAUGGCAACUAAUUUUUUUUACAUUUUUAUUUAUGUUAAAUACGUUUUCAAGGCUCCUAUUUAAAAGAAAUUGUUAAAAUUUUUAUUUCCUUAAGGUUAUAGUAUGCCAAAUACCUAAAACAUGAUAAUGAUGAUAGGAAAACAAAAAGAUUUUAAUAUUCACAUAAUAUUUAGAAUUAAAAUGAAAUUAUUAACAAAUUUAUUUACAGCAUGGUAGGAUAUUUUAUUCUUUAGGCUUUGAUGAUUUAAACCAUAUUUUACAAAGGUAAAAUCUAAAACAGUAUCGUCACAUAUUUUUCUUUGUUUGAAUGAAAAAAAUGCUACUUGGUAUUUGAAAAUUAGGUGUUAUGUUAGUGGUAGUAUGAAAUAAGUUUUUGAUUAUACAUGUAUAAUAUGAGUUUUGUUAGUAUGAAUGUUCAAUAUUCUUUGUGAGAAAAUCAAAAAUCAUGCAUUCCUUGAAGAUUUAAAAAUCUGUUGAAAAUACAAAAUACGUAUAAUUUUGUUUUGGGAUGUUAACGUAUAUGUGAAUGUGGUGCAUUUGAUAUAUGAGAGGUUUUUAUAUAUUUGAUGUUUGGGAGUUUUGUAUUAUACUUACUGGGUGUAAGAUGGGGACAAUGUACUGUUGAUAAAUAUGAUUUAUAAAGAAAUAAUUCCAUAGAUUUAAUAGUGCUUUUGUUAUAUUUGUAAUAUUUUCUGAUUAAAUAGUGGUUUUGUUAUA